UAUGUGUGUAUAAAAAUAGAUUGUAUCCAGCGAACCCUCCUUUCUAGCCCUAUUGACCACACUCGGCGAAAAAUCUCUCCUCCACAUCGAAGCAAAUCUCUCUCUCUCUAUAGCUCCUCUCUUUCUCUCUCUAGCUUAGCUAUGUCUCAGGUGGACAACAGGAAUUCUUCGGCAUCCAAGCGUGCAAGGACUGAUGGGGGGCGUAGGGAAGAUGACUGGACUUGUCCAAGCUGCGGCAAUGUCAAUUUUUCAUUUAGAACAACUUGCAAUAUGCGCAACUGUACUCAGCCUAGGCCUGCUGAUCAUAACUUAAAAUCUGCUGCCAAACCUGUGCAAGCUCCACAGGGCUACUCAUCCUCGGUGCCCUAUGUAGGCUCCGGUGGACCACCCUCUUCAAUGUACAUGGGUGUUCCGCCUUAUGGUUCUUCUCUUUUCAAUGGAUCAGCGAUGCCUCCUUAUGAUGUUCCAUUUUCUGGGGGUUCUGCAUAUCAUUAUAAUUAUGGCAGUCGCCUCUCUGGAGGCAGCCCAUACCGAUCCCUGCAUUUAUCUGGCCCACCACCUUAUUCGAGUGGAUCUAUGAUGGGAAAUGGUGGGAUGUAUGGUAUGCCUCCCUUGAUGGACCGCUAUGGCUUGAGCUUGCCCAUGACUCAUGCCAACAUGGGCCCAAGACCGGGUUUUUUCCCGGAAGAUAAGUCUCAAAAGAAAGGCGCAGACGACUGGACAUGUCCUAAAUGUGGAAAUGUCAACUUUUCAUUUAGAACAGUUUGUAACAUGAGGAAGUGCAACACACCAAAGCCUGGGUCUCAGGCUGCAAAAGCUGAGAAAAGUUCGAAACAAAAGAUGCCAGAGGGAAGCUGGAAGUGUGAAAAAUGCAACAACAUAAACUAUCCUUUCAGGACCAAGUGUAACAGACAGAAUUGCGGGGCUGAUAAACCAUCUGAUUCGCAGAAGUCCUCUCCAGAACAAGCAGAAGAAAGUGAUCAGUGAGUACUAGAACAUGUUUGAGGGUUGAGAAGGUCCAGAGUUGUCGUCCAGCAUUGCUCAGUAUGGGUGUCUGAAAGUCAGUCAUGUCUUCGUGUUGCAGCAAUUGUCAAGUUACUCUGUCUUCUCAUAUUCCGUGUCAAGUUGUUGUAUUAACUGUGAUGGUAUGUGGUCUUUAUGGAUUCUCUAUUCAGAUGCAUCGCGUGUCUGCCAGCUUUGUUUGGCAAGAAUUAAGGUUAGUUCUGGUUAUUUUGAGAUAGGAUUUUGUACUUCUGGAACGUAAUUUGUUUUAGUGGGUAUUUUUACGUGCAUUUGAGCUAUAAUGGUUGGCAUAAAGGUGUACUGAAGCCUUAUUUUUCUAAGUUUCGGUUCUUCGGUUCA